AAGCAAAAGAAAGAAAUAAUGGCUCGUACCAAGCAGACCGCUCGUAAAUCGACCGGAGGAAAGGCUCCUCGUAAGCAACUGGCGACAAAGGCUGCUCGCAAAAGUGCUCCUGCUACUGGCGGAGUGAAGAAACCCCAUCGUUAUCGGCCAGGAACAGUAGCCCUUCGGGAGAUCCGUCGUUACCAGAAAUCGACUGAGCUGUUGAUUCGCAAGCUGCCGUUCCAGCGUUUAGUGCGUGAAAUUGCCCAAGAUUUCAAGACCGACCUUCGCUUCCAGAGUUCCGCCGUCAUGGCACUGCAGGAGGCCAGCGAAGCCUAUCUAGUCGGUUUGUUCGAGGACACCAAUCUAUGCGCGAUCCACGCCAAGCGUGUUACCAUCAUGCCAAAGGACAUCCAGCUGGCUCGUCGGAUCCGUGGCGAACGUGCUUAA